CCUGUAUAAAAGGCCAAACUCUGUUGUCGUUUUCUCGUCUCUCAUCAAGUCCCAAGUAAUCAAGUGAAGUUGUGAGAAGUGAAGUCAAGAUGACGAGACUCACUAUUCUAGCAGGCGUAUGUCUGAUGAUAUGCCAGCUGGGAUCUGCCACACAGUUGGUCUGUUACUUCACCAACUGGUCCCAGUACAGACCUGGUGAGGGAAAGUACUUGCCACAAGAUGUGGACCCCUUCCUGUGCACCACCCUGAUCUACGCCUUUUCCAUUAUCAACCAUAACAAUGAGCUGGUUACCUACGAGUGGAAUGAUGACGUCCUCUACAAGUCUUUUAAUGCCCUAAAGAACAAAAAUCCUCAUCUGAAGACCCUGCUGGCUGUUGGUGGAUGGAACUUUGGUUCAAGACAGUUCUCCAUCAUGGUGUCCUCUCCAGCCAACAGACAACAGUUCAUCCAGUCUUCUAUCAAAUUCCUGAGGACUCAUGGAUUUGAUGGUCUGGAUCUGGACUGGGAGUACCCUGGAUCUCGUGGAAGUCCCCCAGAGGACAAACAGCGGUUCACUCUGCUCUGCAAGGAACUUGUUGAAGCCUACACAGCUGAGGCCAAGGCCACUGGCAAUCCUCAGCUCAUGGUGACUGCUGCAGUGGCUGCUGGAAAGGGAACCAUCGAUGCUGGAUAUGAGAUUGCUGAGAUUGCCAAGUAUCUGGAAUUCAUAAAUGUGAUGACCUAUGACUUCCAUGGGACUUGGGAGCAGUUCACUGGACAUAACAGCCCACUGUUCCGUGGUUCCAAGGACUUUGGUGACCUUAUCUACUUUAACACUGACUAUGCCAUGAAAUACUGGAGAGACCAAGGCACCCCAGUGGAGAAGUUGAGGAUGGGAUUUGCUUCUUAUGGUCGUACCUUCCGUCUGACAUCAUCAGACACUGGCGUUGGAGCCCCAGCUAGUGGCCCUGCAUCAGCCGGACCAUUCACACGUGAAGCUGGAUUCUGGUCCCACUAUGAGAUCUGCACCUUCCUGAAGGACACUACCAUUCAGUGGAUUGAUGACCAGAAAGUUCCCUAUGCCGUCAAGAACAACGAGUGGGUGGGAUUUGACAACAGGGAGAGCUAUGAGACCAAGGUGCGCUACCUGCAGGAGCAGAAGUUCGGAGGUGCCUUUGUCUGGGCCCUUGAUUUGGAUGACUUUGCGGGGCGAUUCUGUGGACAGGGCAACCACCCUCUAAUGGGUCAUCUCCGCAAACUUCUUAAUAUUGUGCUGCCCCCACUGCCCUCUACAACCACCCCCAAACCUGGUGCUAGCACCACCUCCCCUGCAACCACCACCACCACUACCACCACCCACGCCCCAGGAUCCGGCUUCUGCAACGGCAAACCUGACGGCCUCUACCCUCACCCAGAUGACAGGAGCAGCUUCUACAUGUGCGCUGGUGGCGUCACCCACGUCCGCCAAUGCGGAGCUGGAUCUGUCUUUGAUGACAGCUGCAAGUGCUGUGUCUGGCCCUGAGCCAUGAGUGGACACACUAUGUAUUACACCUGAUGCAAAAGUCAACCAUUAAACAGAGUGUUUAAGUUC